AUGGAUCGUCAUCCUAAACCAUACAAGUUGUCUUGGCUGAAUAAAGGCAGUGAGGUAACGGUAGAAAAACGAUGCUUAGUGUCUUUCUCGAUUGGAAAAAAAUAUUUUGAUAAUGGUUGGUGUGAUGUGGUAUCAAUGGACGCGUGUCAUGUUUUGCUGGGACGACCUUGGCAGUAUGAUCACAGUGUUAUCCAUCAUGGGCGGAAGAAUACUUAUUCUCUUAGCAUCAAAGGGAAGAGAAUUGUUUUGGUGCCUCGUAGGGAAGGAAGCAUCCUUGCCCCGGUAGUUAAUAACCCCAAUCUACUUUCUAUGUCCAGGUUCUUGGUUGAGGUUGGGCGUGAAAAAAUAGUUUAUGCUUUAAUGUCUCGUGAAACUAGUACAGCGAAUGUGGAUUCAGAGUUUCUAGCAGAAGUGACUACCACCUAUGAGGGACAUUCAACAUCAGAUCGAUCGAUUCCAGGGUCGAGUCUACCAAACCGACCAGCAUAUCGCCUUAGUCCCAUGGAAGCUGAAGAGUUACAGCGACAGGCGGUAGAAUUAUUGGAAAGGGGCUACAUUCGUGAGAGCAUGAGUCCUUGUGCAGUUCCUGCUCUACUAGUGCCGAAGAAAGAUGGGUCAUGGCGUAUGUGUGUUGACAGCAGGGCAAUUAACAGGAUUACAGUGAAGUACAGGUUUUCAAUUUCCCGUCUAGACGACAUGUUGGAUCAAUUGUCCAGUUCUAAGGUCUUCUCAAAAAUUGACCUUAAAAGUGGAUACCACUAG